AUCUAUUAUAUAAACGUAGCCUAGAUGAAACAAAAUGUUGUAAUCCUAUUUCUGUCUUAUCAAGAACAUUGUUUGGUGUAUGGAAAUAAUUUUAAGUUGCUUUAAUGAUAGUUUACGCUUCCCUACAUUUCUUUUAAAAACAGUGCUGAAAUCGGAAUUCUGAAUUUUUAGUUUAGACGUGACGUCACUGGAAUGGUCACUGGAGUAGUAAUGGCGGCGGACACUGAGAAACUGUGGAAUAUCCGCGAAGAUGGUUGUUUAUCGGUUGAUGCCAGUACCUCUCAAAUCACUUACAAUUCGUCAUUAAAUGCCGUCAUUUUGUUAUCAAAGGAUCAUGUCACAGUCAUUGAUGCUCUUUCAGGGGCCUUUCUGCAGAAGUCGGAUCUGUCUGGUAAUAAGAGUGGCGCCCUGAAGUGUGUGUACCUGCCGGAGAGGGACAAGACCCUGUUCUGUGAUGGUUGCUGUUUGGGUAUCCGCGGUGAUCUGCAGGGAAUACUGUUGCUGGACACAGCCUUACAGACUCCGGCACACAAAACUGAAGAUGUUGUCAAGAUUGAGUUGCCUCUAGUGGAGGCGACGCAGCUGCUGAAAACGUUACUAGCCACAGAUCUUUCCAGCAAGGAGUAUGUGGAUGACUUUGCCCGGGACCUGUCUCAGGGCAUUCAGAGAGCUCAGGAUGCGACCCAGGGAAACCACAAAACUGCCAAGUGGGCGACGGUGUGCCUACAAAUGCAGCACAUGGUCCUCAAGUCUGUGUGCUCGGCCCUGAUGGAGGAGCUGACCAAGACCAACCAGACGGGCCAGGGCUUCCCUGUGGCCUCGGCUGUGGUGGACAGGCUGGGCUUCCUCCUGCCCCGCAGCCGGCUCGACAUCACCAAGGAGCCGGUCAACCGGGCGCUCAUGUACAGCGAGGCCGCCCGACGGGAGACCUUUGCCAACUGGCCACACAUGAACUACAAAUGGGCCUUGCCGGAGCCCAUGGCCCAGGCUGGCUUCUUCCACCACCCCAACAUCCCCGGGGACGGCGAGGACCGGGCCAUGUGCUUCACCUGUAAUGUCUGCCUGGUCUGCUGGGAGCCCACAGAUGAGCCUUGGUCCGAGCACGAGCGUCACUCCCAGCUGUGCCCGUACAUCAAGGGAGAGUACACCCAGAACGUGCCCCUGACGGUCACCUACGCCACUCAGCCCGCUCACUUCCACGGCCACUCCCCGCAGCAGAAGAUCGCCUGCAUCAGCACCACCUUUAACGAGGAUUUUGUAGCGACUUCCACUCGAGAUGGCAACCUGGUUGUGUGGGACGUCAGCCAUAUUCUCAAGAAACAUUGCCAGUUUGACAUUGAUCUCAACAAUGCUCUAGUUGCGAUGAAAACUGGCUUGCAGAUUGAACGCUCGGGGGCGCAUGGGAAAAGAUCAUUUGACAGGAAAAAGAAUGAUGGUCCAGAAGCGGCCUGUGAUGGACACCCGCUGGAGAUUGCCCUCCACGACCACAAACAGGGAAAUGACAAGCAUUUGCUGCCAUCUGGUUCUCGGCGGCCGUCAGAUGACCUGUAUGUGACUUCCCUGUGUGUGGCGGAAGAAGGGAAGUGGCGAGAGGAGGCGGGCCGCGCAGCCUCCCCUGUCAAGUCAUCAGCACCGGUGGGUGAGGCUCAGCUGUCGGUGCUGUGUGGCGUGAUGCUGAGACAGACCAAGGCACCUCAGUCGGGGCCACCACACGGCUCUGUGGAAGCUGGCGGGGGGAGUGGCAGUGCGGGGGGAGUGCUUGAUGUGGCUGGGCCCGGGGAAGGGAAUCUGACCGUCCAGCUGAUGAAUGAGGUCAACGAGGCGGUCAGCAGUGACGUGUCCACCGUUUCUUCACGCAUCAUCACUGACCAGUGUCAGAGUGGCCACAACGGCGGCAACAACAGUGGUGGUGACCUCGGUGGCCUUGGUGGCAACAGCAGCUCGGAGUUUGUGAUGCCGGAGUCGCGUCUGGUUCCGUACGUGGUGGUCGUCUCGCUGGUGGAUGAUGAUGAUGAUGAUGCUGCUGCCACUACAUCGACAACGCCCGGGCAGACCAGCCCGUCCAAGAAGAAGAAACCUCUCCCCAUGGCUGCCACCACCUCCUCCUCUAACUCCUCAUCCUCCUCGUCUUCAUCUUCGUCCACCUCGUCGACAGUGAAAGCAUCGUCGUCGAUGAAGCCUGGGGUGGGGAUGCUGCAGCCCGCCGUCUUUGCCAACAGCACGGACGACUGGCUGCUGCACCCCUGGGAGGACCCGGACUGUCAGAUUAUCGGCUUCUCCCCACCGCCCCCACCCUCGCACAAGUCGUCAGGGGAACCCUCGUAUGGGGCCAUGGAGACGGGUGAGGAGGGCUCCAGCUCUCAGCCUCCGUCUGUGGUCCAAGACUUAAGCAACAAGUCCGGUCUGGCCAACGGGCCCAGCACCCUCUGUGAUAUGGUGGACUCUCUGAUGGCUGAGCCCAUGCCUGAGCCCACCUCACCUCUCCACUCUUUCACUUUCUCAAGCCUCGUACCCGUGUCCUCCUCCUCCUCAUCCUCCGCGAAACCCUUCUUCUUCGCCAAUGCAGGCGAAUCGGGCCACACCACUGCGACCUCCUCAGGUUCCAACUCAGGGGGCUGCCCCCAGAAAGAGGCUCCCAAAAUUGGCGGAACAGUGGUCCAGUGUCUGGAGCUGCCUGGCCAGUUCCAGCAGGAGCAUAUAGAAGUGUGCUCCAUCCUCCCCUCCUCCGACAAGCAGCAUGUGAUUGUGGUUCUUUCCACCAAAAUAGGAUACCUCGAGAGCUCUGCCUCCUCCUGUUCCUCCUCCCCCUCCUCCUCAUCGCCAGCGGAGGAGGUCCCCCCAGUGACAAAUACACCUCAGGCCGAGGAGAGUUCCUGCAGGGGCGGGGUGGUGGUGUAUUCGGUGAAGUGCGAGAACGGUCAUGUGGUGUUGGAUGUAGAGCCUGUGGCUGUUCACACAGUGGUCUCCCCCCAGGAUGUGAUCACUGCCACCUUCUUGUUGCCCAUGGAGGUGGAAGAUCAGGUUGAGGAACAAUUAGGUCGGCCGGACACCGUGGACAACCAGGGUGUGGAGCGGCCCCCAUCGGUGCCCGGUCAUCUGGUGGUCACCACAGCGGCCGGCCUGGUCAGGGUGCUGUCGCUGCACUCUUUGACCUCCGUGGCAGAACUGACGCCUGGCCCAGGGGAGAAGUUCUUGUCAGUGACCUACUGCUCUGGAAUCGAGCGGCUGUGUGUGUGCACGGACAGUGGCAAGAUCCAGUUCUUUGAUCUAGAGACGGUCAGCGACCGACGCAGUUCUCUGAGCAGUCUGGACCAGGGAGACGGCUCAGAGACGGGGGCUGAAGGGUCGGCCUGCAAGAGGGCCAAGAUAGAAGAUGACCUGUCUGACCACUCAGGUGACUCUCCUGAAGCAGAACAUCGGCUCCAUGCACCGGCCGGCCAGUGCCAACAGCUCUACCUCCAGCGGCCGGGCGGCCCGCAGGCCAACAGCCGGCCCCGAGUCUACCUCGACCUCACACCACCCCCAAGGUUCAAGGUCAUCAUCGUCAUCGUGGGUGGCGGGCGGUGUGGACUCCCUGUCCUCCACCUCGUCUUCGCCGUCAGAGGGAGGCAGCUGCGAGGAGGAAGAGGCUCAGCCAAUGGUGAACAACGUGCUGGACCCUGCCUUCCUGGAGGCCCACAACGCAGAGAUCCUGUGUGGGCCUGUCCGACUGUCCAACUGCCUGGACCUGUCUGGGCUGGGCGGCCUGGUCACUCUGUCCAGCCCACAGCUGCUCAGCUCCAAGCCCCGCUCCCUGCUCCUGCACAUCAAGGGCUUUGAGGACAGCCCGCAGCCGGAGACAGCUGCUGUUGGGGGCGCGGCUGCAGCCGGGGGGAGGGACAAGUCGGAGGCCGGGGAGGCAGGCUUCUCGGACAAGAUGGACCGCUUUGAGCAGCAUCUCAUGAAGAUGUUCCAAAUGAAGAAGAAGAAGAGCCUGGGGGCCAUGUACAAGAACCUGCUGGUGGACAAGAACAUCAAGGGUCUGUUCAACAGCGUGGUGCCUUCCUCCUCCCAAGUGGCCAAGGCCCAGCCCUCGCGGGCCGAGGAGAGGCAGAAGUUGGCAGACGUCAAGGGCUGCGACUGGUUCCAGGAGCUGUCGGUCACCGUGCGCGUCUUCAAGAAGUCCAGUCUGCGUAAUGAGAAGGCCCAGCGCAGCGCGAUGAUACAGGAUUCCGCCUUCCACCGCCGCCUCCUAAAGGUGGUGGUGUCAUCCUCAUGUGUCAACGACACGGGCGUGUUGAGCUGUGUCAGCGGCGAGCACUUGCAGAACAUGGCGCUAGAUGUGCUCAUAUGGAUGCUGGCGGUACAGAUGAAUGACGCAGAUCGCAAGGGCAUGGAACGGAUGUUGCUGCAGUCUAUGGAGGAGGAGCUGAAGGGUCUGGUGCGGGCGUGUUACAUCGUGGGCUCCCGCAGCACGGCACACAAGUUCUCCCGCCUGAUGGCCCUGUGCAUGGAAUGCUCCAAGCUGUCCCCCGACCCUGACCUUGCCCCUGCCUUCAACCACUCGCUGCUCCAAGCCCUCCUGGACAGCUUCCCGCUGCUGCCAGCGUGCGCCUCGAGUGGCGCGCUGCGCUGGUUCUUCUCGCUGCUCAACCGCGUCAAGUGCAUGGACGCGGACCUAGUGGCGCGCCGAUGUGACCAGUUAGUGCAGGCAGUGGCUCAGCAGUACCACCAGAGGGGGCUGCCACAGCAGGCCUUGCUCAAGACCAGGUACGGGCUCUACGGAAACCCCUUUGAGGCGGAGCUGUUUGACAUGGAGCUGAGCGGCAUCACCAAGCCCGGGGCGGCUGCCGCCCACAACACCGCGGCCAGCUCAUCAGGCGCCACGCCCACCUCCAUCUUCUCCAACGUGAUGAAGCCCGUGGGGGCUCUGGGAGGCUCAGGUCUGGCUGCCGGGGUCAGCAAGGACCAGCCCGACCUGUUUGACAUGCUGACCGCUGCCCCGGAGAAGACCGUCAAGAGUCAGCCGGACUGCCUACGUAGCGACAUCCUGGGUCUGCUGGAGGUUGAGCCUCUCCACUUCCGCUGCCACGCCACCAGCGACGGGACACGCAUGGAGCGCAUGGACGCCUCCUCCUCCUCUUCCUCCUCCGCUAACUCGGCCCUCCUCGCUGGCCCGGCGACCAACCCCUUCAGCUCGGGCCCCGCGCAGAUCAAUCCAUUCCUCCCACCGGCCGCCCUCCAGGACGCAGACGGCCAGCCCUCGGCCCCGCCCUCCAUGGCCCUAGCUGCCAGUCACGAGGCCUCCAACUCUGUGGUAAGAUUUUGUGAAAAAUGUGAAAUCACCACAGUGGGCCGAUGCAGCGGCGGGACCACGCGAUCCCGCAUUCCUCUGGGAUCCUUCUACGGACACACCUACAUCCUGCCCUGGGAGUGGCCCAGACCAGGCCCGGCCAGUGGGACCGUUGGAGGGAGUGACACAGGAGGAGCUGGCCCCUCGUCGAGCUCGGCAGACGACAAAAACAGCAUCAAAAACAGCAGCAACAGCGAACUGAGCAGCCACUCGUCGCUGCUGUCCCAACUGGGUCUGUUCUUGUCGCUGCUGGAGGACCUGCAGUGCCGGUUCAGCCUGGCGCGCAGCCGCCUGGAGAGUUUGCUGACCGUUGUGUCCAGCGCCCAGUACCUGGCCUCGCACGUCCACUACCACCUCAAGAAGACCGGGGGGGCGGGCAAGCUCAGCGACGAGGAUGCGCAGCUCAUACAUUGUGACGGGUUGUUCAUUCUGUGCGACGGGUUGUUCAUUCUGUGUGACGGGUUGUUCAUUCUGUGUGACGGAGUGUUCAUCCUUUUGAGUGCAUUGGGUCAAAAGUCACUGGCUGGUCCGAGUGCUCUCAGCAUCCUGGAUAGUCUACUGGCCAUGUUGAGCUCUGUCCUACAGCCUCUGAUGGAUGGUGGGAUGAGCACAGCAUACCUGGACCUGUCCCUGCUGAGCUGGGUCCUGCUGUUUCUGUGUCGCAACAUGGACAUGCCCAACGGGACCAACAGCGCGCCGGACGACGCAGACAAGGGGACCAAGAAAGACAAAGAAGCAUGCAGCGGCUUGACCAACCGAUGGAGUUUCAUGGAGAGCCAGUGGUCACCAGCGGUCAAGGGCUGGGGGCGCGGCAAGGAGAGCACUCACCGACUGAGGGGCUUCCACCGACGGAUACAACAGUCGAAGCAGAAGUUCCGACUGCUCUGUGGCUCCAACAAGUCGCAGCUCUCUACAAAGGGAGAGAAGGAGGAUGGAGAGGGAGACAGUGAGCAGCCUCUGGUCCUGGCGCGGGCCCGCUGUCUGGCAGUGGUGCGUGGCCUCGUGGCUCUGCUGCUCAGCAUGGACUUCACCUGCCACGUGGACCUCUUCCUGGUGGCCUGUAAGGUGCUGUCCAAGAUGUGCGUGGCGUGCCGGCCGUCCAUCAGCCUGUGGGAAGCCAUGAGCCAGGAGCAGCUAGAGCGUCUGGUGCUGCUGGUGGUAGACACGGAGUUCAACCACGACCACCUGCGCUGGGGCGGGCCCUGGGCCGGACACGCCAUCACCUGUCUGCUGCAGGACAUCCUGGACGGUGAGGGUGGUUGGCGGGUGGCACUGGGAGGGCCUUACUUCUUCUACUCUUCCGCGUUGUUGUGUUGUUUCUGUGGGUGGUUGGCGGGUGGCGCUGGGAGGGAUUUACCUCGUCUUCUUCAAGACUUUCACGUUGUUGUGUUGUUUCUGUCUGUCUGUCUGUCAAUCUGUCUGUCUGUCCAAUCUGCUGACCUGAUGGAGGGCAAGCUGUGCCUCCACCACAGGGACAGCCCGGCCUCCCUCGUCACCUUCUUCGCCAACAAAUCGGAGAAGGAGCGCUGGAACAACUUCCUGGAGGUCGUUGGCAAACACCAGACCCGGGCGCUGGACUCCGCCACCUCGGCCACCACGACCUCCGCUAGUGCCGCUCCGCCGUCCCCUCCCCCUGCGCCCGCUGAGCUGCCUGACUUCAUCAUGGAAGUGAGCCAGGAUCCGGACCUGAGCAGCUUCGAGCAGCUCGAGUUGAUGGACGAGGUGCCAGGUCCGGCCGCUACGGGCGUGGUCGACGCCCUCAAGAUCUCCACCUCGCAGGGAGUGCUGGGGGCUCCUCCCUAGAGAUGCUGACUCAGUGUUUUGAGCGUAUGUUUGCCCGCCUGUCCACGGGCCGCGUCUCCCUGGAGUCGGUGCUGCAGCUGUGGCUCACACUCAACGAGGACUCCAGCGCCGCAGAAGCUGCCGCGAGCUCGGUCGGUGUGCCCGCCGGUCCUACCAGCAGUACGGUGUUCGAUCCCACCCGUCAGCCCAUGAUUGGGCUCAGCGAGAACGCCGUGGCUAGUCUGAUGGAGGUGGGUGUCCUGAUGCCGUGCAUGGUUGUGCGUACCUGGGUGUACCUGCUCCAAGCUCUGUGCCUGCUCACCAACCAGCGCCGGCCCGGCACUCAGGGGGCCGAGGGGUCCCUGGCCACGUGCGUGCUCAACAAUGCCAACCUGGCGCCUCUGCUUACCAAACUCCUGUCCAGCCACGCGCCCACAGGCUCCCCCGCCUCGCUGUCCCAGCACUACCAGAUGGGCCCGGCAGCUGUGAAAAUGUUUGGCGACCUGCUGUACAGGCUUCAGUGCAAGUCCAUCGAAGUGGGAGGUCAGAGGUUCAAGGAAAUGUUGCUCAAGAUUGUUUACGAUUUGACAGCUGAGAGGGGCGCCAUCUACCAGAGCACGGGCCCGCUGGACGCACAGGUCCAGUUUGUGGAGAUGUUGUGUGACAGUCCCGUGCUAGCCGUGGACGUGAGCAACGCUCUCAGCGUGGUACAGACUGUCACUUCACUGGUGUACCAACAUUUGGCUCAUCAAGAUCAGGUUGCGUGUCGGAGCAGCCAUGACACCUCCACCGGUGCCCGCACAUGUUUCGGGGGUCUAGUGGCCUCCCUUCUGCGCGGGUCGGAGAGUAGGGCCGGGAGCUCGGAUUCUCUGCGGGACAACCUCAUGUUCCUUCUGCUGCAGCUGGUCAACAAGAUGAUCUCUGCCCCUGUGACAUCCCACCCAUCGCGGCCAGGAGCCACCACUGCCGGCCGACCCACGUACCAGGAUGUGUCGGAGAGCCCGCGUGAGUCGCCUCGUAAGACGGUGUGGGCUGACAACUCCCUGGAAACGGGCUCCAGGCUCAGCCCUCGUCUGCUGACCAGUGUCCGACUGUCGGACGAUGAGAAAUCCUCCCGGACCAGAGGUGGUCAAGGUCACACAGGGGCCGCAGCGGUGACCUCCUCCACCGCCUCCUCCUCCUCACAGCAUGGGAUGAUGAUGAUGAUGAUGAGUGGAGGUGAAGAGGAGGAGGAGGAGGAAGAUGAAGAGAUGGUUUCCUCGGAAAUGGCGGACAUUGUGGUUGGUAAUCCGGUGAUCAUGCAGAACCUGAUCCGCUCUCUGAGCCACUGCCACAGCAACAAGCUGGCCCUCAUGUUUACCCACAGCUCCGACUGGCCGCCCCUGGGCCUGCACAAGACGGUGGACCAGACAGAGCCGCUGACCGCGGGCGACCUUGUGUUCACCGUGCUGCGCACGCUCAAGGACAGGUGCUCGGACAGGAACGUCAUGGUGGACAGCCUGUUUAAGUUCUUCACGGGACACCCGCCAGUCACCCGCCAGCCUGCCCUCACCCGCCUCUCGGAGCCCCUUCUGUUCUUUACGCUCCGCUCUCUCUCCUCUCAGGCCGCCAUCAACAAGUUUAUUGAGCUCAAUGGUGUGGAAGUAGUGGGUUCGAACCUGGUCCGCUGCAGCCAACAGAUGAUCUCGGCGUCUCCCAGCAUCAUCUCCACCCUGAUGCAAAACUUCAGCUCCAUCCACACGGACCUGGGAGACAAGAGCAAAGGCUUCGACCCGGACGACACGGAGGGCUUGCAGAGUUUUGCUCAUCUAGGCACCAUCACGUGCAGCAGCCCCACAGCUAGCCCGGCAGACGGACUCAUCCAGUUUGGCGCCAACAGACGUGCGCGGUCGGCCACCUGGGCCUACCACUUCUACCCUGACGAGCCGUACGUGGAGCUGACCGUACACCUGCCCUUUGCCGUGCUGCUCAAGUAUGUGCACAUACGCCCUCAUGGAUCAGCUAUCGCCAACUACAUCUCGUUGCUUUGUUUCUGUCUGUCUUGCUUCGUGUCUGUUUACCUAAUUGUCUUCCUUAAGAGUACACCGUUUGUUUGUCCCCCCCACCCAGGCACCAUCACGUGCAGCAGCCCCACAGCUAGCCCGGCAGACGGACUCAUCCAGUUUGGCGCCAACAGACGUGCGCGGUCGGCCACCUGGGCCUACCACUUCUACCCUGACGAGCCGUACGUGGAGCUGACCGUACACCUGCCCUUUGCCGUGCUGCUCAAGUAUGUGCACAUACGCCCUCAUGGAUCAGCCAUCGCCACUUGCCCGUCUCAGGUGAGCCUGGAGCUGUCCCACGACGGGACGACCGUGUGGCCCGCCAGCCCUCCGCUGGUCACCUCCAGCCUCUCUCUCAUUCGCCUGCAGCUGCAGAAGCCAGCGGUGGUCACUUCGGUCACUCUGAUCCUGCACAGACCCCUGGACUCCAUGACCAUCGGCCUGCAGAAGAUCUCACUGUGUGGGCAGACGGCUUUUGCCGAGAGCUCCGAAAACACGCCGGCCUUACUCAACGAGGACUGCUUCUCUCACUCCAGAAACGGACCCUGUGACCGCCCCACUGGUCUCCUCCAUCCUGCGAUUCUUCACGGAGAUAAGCUCGGAGCUUGAGCUCAAGGACUGGCUGGGCCGGGCGGAGGGCAACGCCUUCUGGUCGCAGCUGCUCACCUUGCUGUGUGGCUCGCAGUUCCAACCCCCAGCUCUCAUUGCUGUCUCACAGUCUGCCGACAGAGCCUCUCUGCUGAGUGCGGAGGACCGAUCGGAGCUGGAGACCAGAACCAUCCAGUUUUUCUCGGCCGUCAUCGCCUUCCACGCAGAGAACCAGCUGCUCUUUGCGCGCGUCCUCUGUGAUGUCAUCAAAGACCAGGGGACCAGCAAGUCAGAGAUUUUCCACCCGCGCUAUGGCAGCGGCCGCAGUUGCCAGUGCAUCACCAUGAACCUGAACGCCAAGUGCUCGGAUGUCAUUGUCAAAGUUGCCGACACUCUCCCACUGGCCAGCAUCUGGUCGGAGAAGAGAGAGGACAAGAAGAAGAGAGGAGAAGAGGGCGCCUCCAUCAAGAAGAAGGAAGUGCUGGGUGAGCUAGACCCUGAUGUUAUGGACUUUGUCACUCAGAGUGGGGCGGCGGCCAAGGAGAAGCGAGAGAAGAGCUCGGCCCUAAAGAGUGGCCUCCCCCCUCGGCCACCCACACGCCGAGGUCGGGCCGGCACCGGGGCCGACUCAGGUCUGGAGGCCAUCGCGGGACUGAGGCCACAGGCCGUGCUGUUGAGGGGGCGGCUACGACACAUUGCCCUGCCAGGCAAAGACCUUCCCCACAACCUGACCCUGUCCCAGCUCCUGCAUGUCUUGUCAGACCAGGGACACCUGCCGCCCGCCCUCGCCCUGCAGUUUGUCGUACGACUCAAGAACUCCAGCUCUCCCACGAUCAAAGACGUUCUUGGAGCCCAUCACCCCUCCACACACGUCCAAGUCGAGCAAACACCCGUCGGCCCGCCUCAUCCCCUCCAUCCCGCCUCACUCCCUCAUCGCCUUCGGCCUGUUCCUGCGACUGCCGGGCUACGCUGAGGUGCUGCUCAAGGAGCGCAAGAUGGCCCAGUGCCUGCUGCGUCUGGUGCUGGGGGUCACGGACGACGGGGACGGGGGUCAAAUACUGACGUGCCAACUGGCGAGCUCCCUGGCGACUAUGCCGAUGACGGUGCUGAAGACGCUGUUUGACAGCUGCCCGCUGACCACGGACGACGGCGUGUUGCUGCGGAGGAUGGCGCUGGACAUUGGGGUGGUGCACCUGGUCCUGGCAUGCCUGGCCCGACUCAGUCACCACCAGCCCCGCGCUCCGCUCACCAGCUUCCAGCAUCAGGUGUGCUGGCCAGCUACGUGAACCCCAACCUGGGCACCAGCCUCAAGCCGGGAUGUAUAACGCCGUCGGAGGACGAGGAGGAGGAAGAAAACGAAGACCAGGAUGCGCGCAGCACGGCCUCCUCUCCGGUCAGCCUCGGGGCCUCCUCCUCCCAGUCGGGUUCAGAGGUCAAGUCGGUGAUCCCGUCGUCGCUGCGGGAGCUCCUGUCGCAGUCGUGCCUGGUCCCCGCCCUCUCCUCCUACCUGCGCAACGACUCGGUGCUGGAUAUGGCGCGCCACGUGCCGCUCUACCGAGCCUUGCUACAGCUGCUGCGCGGCAUCGCCCUCACCCCGUGCCUCGUGCCAAUCCUGCUGCCCAUGGAGGAGGCAGGCUGCGCGGGGGGCAGCUCGUCGGACCCACAGUCCUCCAUUGAGAAGCUGCUGGAGAAGAUGAAGGGAUGUGUGGACACAUAUGCCAGCAGGCUCAAGCAGCGACGAGCAAGGCUCGAGUGAGAAGGGUGCGGCAGAGGGAGGUAAGCCUGUCCGGACGCUAGAGGAGCAGUACAUGUGUGUCAUGAAGGAGCUGCAGUUCGAUACCUACGAGAUGGUUCGCGAGGAGGGCCGCAGUCUCAAGUUCGCGGUCAGUCACCACUACGAGUCCAACGUGAAGGCUGCGGGCACAGUGAAUAACGUGGCUCGAACCCGUCGCCUGGCUCAGGAGGCAGUCACUCUAUCCACCUCUCUGCCCCUGGCCUUCAGCUCUAGUGUCUAUGUACGCUGUGACGAAGACAGGCUGGAUGUCAUGAAGGUGCUGAUCACCGGCCCGUCAGAGACCCCGUACGCCAACGGAUGUUUUGAGUUUGACGUGUUCUUCCCCCAAGACUACCCCAACACGCCUCCCUUCAUCAACAUGGAGACCACAGGAAACCACUCGGUCCGCUUUAACCCUAACCUCUACAACGAUGGAAAGGUAUGUCUAAGCAUUCUCAACACGUGGCACGGGCGACCCGAGGAGAAGUGGAACCCCCAGACCUCCAGCUUCCUGCAGCUUCACUACAACCAGCUGCGGGAAGAACUGUCCAAACUGAAGCCUCCCCCGGACCUGGAGCUGGACAGUGAGCCCAGCCAGAUGGAGGCGGAGGCCAGGCCGUAUUCCACCAGCUCCCAGCCCGGCCACACAGCACCGGCCGUUACCACAGCAACAGGGACUGCUGCUGCUGCUGGUGGUGAUGGUGGCAGUGGGGAGGAUCAGUGGGGGGAGAAUUCUUCCUCGUCGUUGUUGUUGUCGUCGUUGGGUGAUGUGAAGAAGGUGGAUUUGUCGGAGGGCGAUGACUUGUUCUUGGACGGUGGGGGGAGUGCGGGGGCCGGGGGGAGUGGUCACACUAGUGUGCCUGGCGCGGGGGUGGACUCGUCCAGUGUGGGGCUUGAGUUGAUGAGCUCUGUCCUUCAGGAUGAGUUGACCCAGACCCUCUUUGAUAUGGACUCUCACCAGCCCUGGGUCUAGUGGUGGAUCAUUCCCUUGUGGCACUUGGGUCGAGGGGUGGGUGGGUCUAGUGGUGGGUCAGAGGGCUGGUUAGUGAGUCUAGUGGUGGGUCAGAGGGCUGGUUAGUGAGUCUAGUGGUGGGUCAGAGGGCUGGUUAGUGGGUCGAGUGGUGGGUCAGAGGGCUGGUUAGUGGGUCUAGUGGUGGGUCAGAGGGCUGGUUAGUGGGUCUAGUGGUGGGUCAGAGGGCUGGUUAGUGGGUUUCUCCCUCACAGUCUCUGGGUAGGGGCACUAGUGGGUGGCUCACUAAUGGUACCUGGCUCAAGAAGAAAUGUGGAUGAGGACAAGGAGGAUUGAGUAGAAAGAAAAGAACUGAGGAAGAGGAGAUUGUGCUAUGUCUAUGGCACUGGGCCUGGGCAGUCUUCAAAGGUGACAUUGGCCAUUAUUUUUACGCUUCAAACUUUUGACAUUGACAUGAACAUUUCCCCCAACAAGUGCGUGCAUCGACUGAUAGUUUGUUUGUUUGUAUGUGUGAGGAAAAGCGGGAGAUGGGAGGCUUGUCUUGUAUAUGCAGACCUGGGACUUGCUGUUUGUGUGUGGAACUGAAGAGUGAUAUGACAUGUAUCCAUCACACACACAUACACACAGACACACAUGCGUGCGCACACGCAUACACACAUGUGCGCCACAUGCGCACAAACAUACACACACAAACUCACACCCGCGCGCGCACACUCACACACACAUUGUUUUGUUCUGUCCAGUGGUAGGUUCACAGUGUGACAAGUUUGUGUGUGUCAUGGGUUAGUUCCCACCUGAGUUGUGUGUGUGUGUCGUGUGUGUGCCAGAUAAUGUGCUGGUGGUGAGCGUGAAGGGAGAAUGUUAGUCCUGUAUACCAGUGGCUUUCAAGAUUGGAAUUCACAACUCCGCUGGGUCUGUGGGCAGGGGAAAGAGUUGGUGGUGACCUUUCUUUCAACGAACGUCCCAUCAUAACCGCACGCCCAAGAUAUGAUCGGUGGUGUAAUGUGUACAUCUAGGACUUUUUUCAUAUACAUUAUAUAUAAAUACAUAUUGUUAUUGUUAUCUGA